AUUUAAACAAGACAGAAGACUGAAAGUCAAAAAGUUAAAAAGAUAAAAAACGCAGAGUCGGAAAUUUCCUGGACGGUUCCUAAUCUUCUUUCAGAGCGCGUGAAGAAAGAAAAUUGUGCGAGUUUCGUUUGAAGAGAAGACUUCCUGCUUUCUUUGGCUGAUCGGUUUAGAGCUCAUUUUUCAGAGUUCUGCAAAUCUUUCAAAGCUGUAAGUUCUCAAACACUCUUGGUUUCCUUAAAUCUAUGAUUCUUUAGGAAGCUGAUUCAUUACUUUGCGUGAGAGGGUCUUGCAUAGGAUAUUGCUUGUUGAUUCAAAGAAUUUUUUUUAACAUGAGCAGCCAAAGAGGUUCUUUGAAUGGGUCUUCUUCUUCUGUUAGAUGGAAAUAUGAUGUAUUUCUAAACUUCCAAGGUGAAGACACUGGCAAAAGAUUCACAGAUCAUCUAUUUGCUGCUAUGGCUCUGAAAGGAUUUAAAGUAUGUAAGGGGGACAAAGAACUUGAAAGGGAAACUCCCAUUUCAAUGGAACUCGCCAAAACAAUUGAAGAAUCAAGAAUUUCAAUUGUUGUUUUCUCAAGACGCUAUGCUUCAUGUACUUGGUGCUUGAAUGAACUAGCUAAGAUUGUCGAAUGCAUGAAAAUAAGGCGACAAAUAGUCAUUCCGAUUUUCUAUGAUGUUGAGCCAAGGGUGCCAAGACAUCAAAAUGGAGUCUUUGAAGAAGCAUUUGCUAAACAUGAAGAAAUUUUUAAGGAGGAUUUACAGAAUGUGCAAAUGUGGAGAAACGCUUUACAAGAGGUGGCCAAUCUCAAAGGAUUCCUUUUGAAGGACAGGCAUGAAAGUGAGUUUAUCAGAGCAAUUGUGGAAGAAGUGUCAAGUAAAUUAGGAGGUUCGACUUCAACAUUUAUGAAUCUGAAGAAACUGCUUGUUUCAUGUUUAGAGCAACUACAAGCGCAGACAAUAAGAAUUCAGUGGGGCCGAUCCGUAAUUUCAUCAUCACCUUUUUUUUUUUUUAAAAUUUUUUUUCUUUCCACAUCCAAGUGCAGUGUUCUGAUUGUAUUCUGCUUUUUGACUUUCAAGGCCGUUCAACAUUAAUGUAAGGGAAUCUAAACUAUUUUGUUUUA